UGUGCUGUCAGUCGUUUCUCCUGUGUGGUAGUAGGCGGGGUGGGCUUCUGGUAACGUGUACGGUGUUAAGGAUAUGAACGAUUUUAGGAAAUCUUAUAUUCCUUGAAAGAACAGUUCUUGAUAUCUUCCAAUUCUUUUUAUUAGAGUAUUUGAUUUACUUGCGUUAUCAGCCAUUUUGUGUUUAUUAACAUGCAAUAAUUCUGUGAAGUGCAACCAACACAUUACCAAGAGGGGUUUGUCGGAAGUGUUUUGUGUUUGUGGUGUGCUAUAUUAUAUUGGGGCGAAUUUUAUUGCAGUUUUUUAUGGUGUUUUUUAAUCGAAGGGCUAUGUGAACCUGAUGAACAGAUAAAAGUUCCGGUUGAAUGAAACUGUGGGAAGGAGCGGAUGAAGAAUAGCUGUAAAGUCUCUUGCAAAAUAGAUUUCCAACAGCGCAUCACGGCCGACGUAGGAGAACGUAAAAUGACGACCCGGUUCAAAGAUUGAUGGCACGCCAGCGGUAGUACAACCCCUCAACUCUUCCUCCCAGAAGAGACGAGGAAGAAUUCCUCCACAUCCCUUCACCAACUCCCCUUUCCUUAUUCCCUACUCCGACCGAAGACCUCUCUCAUAACAAUAACCAUGGAUCACAGCGUCAAAGCCAUGAACUCUCACCGAAAACUGGCAUUCUCCCGCCUUCUGAAUCGCCACCGGUUUGAGAACGACGAGCUGGAGGGUUUGUACCAGCGCUACAUCUUCAAACUGCAGCACUCCUCCGUGGCAAGUGUGGUGGCACUGUUUGUGAUCUUAACGGGUAUCCUCGCCAAUCUGAGCCUCGCAUAUGCGCAGGCGCCCACUGCGCAGAACAUCUACCACAGCCUCCACUGUCUCCUGUUCGCUCUGCUCCUCGCCUUUCUCAACACUCGAUUGAUGCAGGACGCCUACCUCCUUUGGGUCUGCUACGCCAUCCUGUUUUUCUGCACCACAUUCUGCGCCGUCGCCAUGCCCCUUGGUCCUGAUGAUCCUACCGCGGGCGGAGGGGGGUUGCGAGUCGAAACGCGACGCGUGCUGGCAGAAGGCGUGUGGCAGGUGGUAUUCGUCGUGUUUCUGGCGUACGCCAUGAUGCCUCUCAAGACGUGGGUCGCUGCUGUAUUCGGAAUAUUCCUUCCAGUGGUACACAUCAUAGUGGCGGCCAUCUUUGCAAAGGAAUUUCCAUCUCUUACUUGGCAGCAGGUGACUGCGAACGUGAUUGUGUUCGUGUGCGUGAACGUGGUUGGCGUGUUCAUGCACAACCUGAUGGAACACGCGCAGAGGAAGGCGUUCUUGGACACCCGCAACUGCAUAGCGGCUCGACUCGAAAUGGAGGACGAGAAUGAGAAACUGGAGAGACUCCUACUGUCUGUCUUACCUCAGCACGUAGCCAUGGAGAUGAAAGCUGACAUCAUCUCUCCGGUUGAAGGACAGUUCCACAAAAUCUACAUCCAAAGGCACGAGAAUGUGAGCAUCCUGUUUGCCGAUAUUGUUGGUUUCACAGUAUUAGCAUCACAGUGUACAGCACAAGAAUUGGUACGCCUUCUGAAUGAGCUCUUUGGACGUUUCGACCAACUUGCUAAUGAUAACCAUUGUCUGCGGAUCAAGAUUCUGGGUGACUGUUACUACUGUGUAUCUGGCCUGCCUGAACCUCGCUCAGACCAUGCCCAUUGUACCGUUGAAAUGGGCCUGGAUAUGAUAGAUGCUAUAGCAUCAGUUGUUGAGGCAACUGAUGUCCAGUUGAACAUGCGAGUGGGGAUUCACUCGGGACGUGUUCUGUGUGGUGUUCUUGGGUUACGGAAGUGGCAGUAUGAUGUCUGGUCGAAUGAUGUCACUCUUGCCAAUAAUAUGGAAGCAGGGGGAGAGGCAGGGCGUGUUCACAUCACACAAGCCACGCUAGACUACUUGGGUGGAGAGUACGAGGUUGAGGCAGGCCAUGGUGGAACUAGAAACCAGUAUUUACGGGACCAUAGUGUUGCUACGUAUUUCAUUGUGCCCCCAGCUCGACGGAGGAAGCCGUUGUUAUUCAACACACUGCAGGUUCGGUCAGCGCUGGGGGCAGCACAGCGUCGCAAACUCUCGUUUAAGAAUGUGUCUAGUGUCGUGGUCCAGCUGCUCCACUCCAUCAAAUACUCGAUGGAGGUGCCGUUCUCCAACAUAGCCACUCCGGGUGACCAUAAAGCAAAUGCUGCCAGGAAGGUGCUAGACCUUCAGCGAGCACUCCACGCUGAUCCAUCUACUACAGGAGGAAGACCCUUCACUGGAACUGAGGCUCUUCACCUUCAUGACAUUGCCAGCAAGAACAAGGUAACAGAAAAAUUUAAGCGGCCAUUCAAGAAGCGGCAUUCAAGUGUGUACCAUCAACCAUCCAAUCGAGUCAACAAGUAUUUGGCUCAAGCUAUUGAUGCCCGAAGUGUAGACAGGGAGAAGUCCACACAUGUCAGUCUAAUAACUCUGUGUUUCAAAGAUCGUGAGAAGGAAAAUCAGGUUGGUGGCUCUUAUAUUUUUUCUACAUACGCUGCUUCCAAAAGUCAACCUGUCCUAGUUGCUGUACUGAAGUUUUUCUGUAGAGCUGUUAUCAUACAAAGCCAAUACCUUGUGAGACUUGGAGGAGGCAACUUGAAAAACUACAUGUACAGUUAUAAGUGUAUGCUUAAAUGUCUAAGGAACAGUGGUGUGUUUAUGAGUUUUGUACGCUCCUUGGCAUGUUCAUUAGUACUGCUGCUGCUCAUAGGAGGACUCCAAGCUGUGAUAUUGCCACGUACAAUCAUUCUGUUACUGCUGUUUCUCACUGCUUUCAUCUGGGUAUCAGUUGUACUGAUGCUUUUGCUGGCUGUGAGACUUAGGUGGAUUCUGUGGGACAUCUCGCAGAGUUUUGUGUUACGUCUUGCCAUCACUGUGUUCACUAUUGUGUUAAUCUACACUGUAGCCCAGGUCAAUGUUUUCACUUGUCGGUGGGAUGUGCCAUGUCCUGUGCAGUCUACAGCGAACGUGACUCUCGACACAUCAACUUACCAUGAUCAUCGUGCCUGUCCCUUGCCCCAGUACAUUAUACUCUCAUGCACACUUGGGUACAUGGCUAUAGCUGUGUUCCUUCGGCUGCCUAUCCUUGUUAAGGGAGUCCUUCUCAUUGUCAUGGCAACAAUAUAUAUUUUGCUCAUUGAACUCUCUCAUUCAGCGCUGUUUCAUUGCUAUGACCAUCGUGUCAGCUCGGUUGUGCCACAGCAUAUUCUUGGAGUUGUGUAUGUUCUCAUGUUCCUAUUGGUUGUUGUGAUUCAUGGUCGGCAAAUGGAGUGGACAGCCCGACUGGACUUCCUGUGGCAGAUUCAGGCCAAUGAGGAGAAACGUGAGAUGGAUGCCCUGCAGCAUAGCAACAAACGUAUUCUGUUCAACCUGCUACCAGCUCAUGUAGCCACACAUUUUCUGGACAACCAGUUUCGCAAUAACAUGGACCUCUACCACCAGAGCUACUCACGUGUUGGCGUUGUGUUUGCAUCUAUUACCAACUACCAUGAAUUCUACAUUGAGCUGGAUGGCAACAACCAAGGAGUUGAAUGUCUUAGGUUACUUAACGAGAUCAUCGCUGAUUUUGAUGAAUUACUGGGUGAAGAACGGUUCAAAGCGAUUGACAAGAUUAAGACAGUUGGUUCAACGUACAUGGCUGCUAUAGGUCUCAUGCCAGAUCUUCGUAUACUAGACGAAGAUGAAACAACAGCAGGGUUUUACCUAAGUACUCUAGUCGAAUUUGUGUUUGCAAUGAGGGAUAAACUGCUCAAUAUUAAUGAGAAUUCAUACAACAACUUCAUGCUACGAGUUGGUAUCAACAUAGGACCCGUAGUGGCAGGCGUUAUAGGAGCAAGGAAACCUCAAUAUGACAUCUGGGGGAACACGGUGAAUGUAGCAAGUCGUAUGGAUUCUACAGGGUUACCAAACCACACACAGGUAACUGAGGAGGUUUACCAGGUGCUUAAGAAUUUCCCGUAUGAGUUCCAAUGUCGUGGUAAAGUAAAAGUGAAAGGAAAAGGUGAUAUGACUACGUACUUCCUCACUGACCGUAAACAGCCAGGCACUGUCAGAGUAGAUGAUCUUCCUGGUAUGCGUAAUGCAGCCAGUACUGGCGGCGGGAACAUGUAUGGUGGAGUUGCCACUCCUUUGGCUCUGCUACAUCAGAUGCAGCAGGGAAGUGCAUCAGAGGUAAAUGGCCGCGGGAAGCCACAGCGACCAUCAUGCUCUCGAGAUGAGGGAAAUGGUGCCUCUUCACAUUCUCAUCAUGGUGGCUUCUCAAGUGGGGUGCACCCCAGCUUGCUGUUGCGGAACACUUCUAGACUUCCCCCCCUCCGUGAGAACAGUUGCAGAGAAAAUGGUGGCGGUGGGAUCAGGCAUGGCGAGUGUGAGCCCUUGCUCCCUCUGAGUGGUAAUGUUAUGAAGAUCCUCCCCAGCCAACAGCAACGGUCCAAUUACAUCACCAACAACAGUUCCAGUGGUGGUGGUGGUAGUGGUGUUGGUGGUGGUGGAAGCGGCGGCUGUGUUGGGGGAGGCAAGAAGCUGCACCAGCAGAGGUCAGUGGAAGGAGGAGAUUUGGACGACCUAGCAAACUUACCGCCACCCCCUCUACCUCCUCAUAAAGGUGGUCAGCAAUUUACAAACUUCCAAGGACAUUCCUCAGCAUCUUCCAAAGGUGUUCCUAGACCGCAAGAUGCGACACGUUACACACCCCUUUGGCCCCGGGGAGGGGGAGGGCUGUCUGAAGCAGGUAAUAAUCGUGGCAAUAGUGGCAAUCAUGUGAGUCAUAAUAACAGUAAUAACAUUAACAAUAUUACAUCUUCACACCAUCAGAACAAUACGGGUAAUGACAUGAAUUCUGGUGCUGUGAAACCUUAUAUGAAACCACUACCUAAAUUACCAGGAAAAGAAUCAGCUUCUCCAAGCCAUGGACGACAUCAUCGAAAUCAAACAAGAGGACAUAAUGCAUCAGCACCUCCAUUACCCCCCCACCAACAGCUAUUGCUUCCACCCUUACCCAUGAGACCCUCAGAGCACCGUUACAUCCGCACCGAGGAGGCAUCAGUUCGCACCAAACUUCGCAACAACCACAGCAACCCUCUCCUCCAUCUUCAGCGCCACUAUUCAGAUGAAAGCCUUCAAGGAGCAACAGGCUUCUAUUUCCCAAGCCCUGCUCAACAAAGGAUUCAUUCUUCAGCAGAUGAGAUUAGCUCCUUGAAUCAUUCACCCAGUAUAAGUUCAUCUGAUGAAAGUUACAGUAGAACCACAGAUGCAGAUGCUUCACCAUCUCCUUCCCCCCCUCUUCAUGCCACAGCUGGUGAUCAUGCAUCCACACAGCAAUGGCUGUACCCUUCUGACAUCCAAGUAGACCCUUCAUCCUCUCUAGAGAACUCCCCCAGAGCUUCACUUGACUAUAUUCCACCUCAUUGUUACCUUCCUGGUGCUGGUGGCACUGUAGGAACCAAUUUUAACAAUAACCCUAGCGGUGGAGUUCAGUCUGGUGGGGGGAAAAUCUCCAACUUAACACCAUCUCAAGAUCUGCCUCCACCAAACCUCUCAACAUCACGGAGCUUCUCCCCUUCCAGUCACCCACCUGUUAGUCGAGGAAGUAGGAACAAUGCUUCCUCUGCAUCAAGUGCAGCUAUAGGUAGUAAUGCUUCAGCAACCACAAGACAUGACUGGAGUCUGUCUUCAGCUCGUCAUCGCACAGGAGAUGGAAGUGAUGAACGUUCUAGUACUGCUAACUCUCGCAGCAGAAGUACCAAAGCGACAGUGGCAACCAACACAGAAACUCUUCCUCCUGCUACACUGUUAGCAUUGGCUGCUGCUGGCAGCACAUUGGACUCUUCUUGCUGCAGCCCACUGUCUCAUUCUCUUGAUGGGCAGGAUGCUUACAGAGGUGACAGCUGUGGCAGCUUUGAGUAUAUAGGGCAUCGAAGUGCACUGAAACAUGCAACUGAAAAGCCUUCCGGGAUACAUAGGGCAUCUAGUGCAAAUGGUGAGCGUGGUCAUAGCACAGGUAGUGGCAGAUCCCCCAGUAGGAGUCUGAAACAGCUUCAUAAUCAGGACAGGAAGCACAGUGGGGUUGGUGGAAGUGUUAGAACUGUGCCAAGUGGGUCAGUUUUAGUGUCACCUGAUGAUAACAUUGGGACUAAGGGUGGGGGUGCAGUGAAAUAUCUUUCCAGUGGUGACAGUGCAGGUGAAAGGAAUCAUUCACCUGGAUAUGGAGACGAUGUUGAGGAAGAAAACUCACGUGCAACUUCUACAAGUGAGAGGUCAUCAAAAAAGGAUGGUUCUAGUCAGACAGAUAGGAAGGACAUGUCUAAAAGUCAUCGCCGACGUAACUCUUCUGCAGGUAGUGCAGGAGGUACUGGGGGGACACAAGUAGAAGCACACUCCCCACUUGCGUCAUCAGUAAAUUUGCGACCCGCUGGUGUAGACGGUAUGGGUUCAGCUCUGGGAGGCAUACUCCCAUCUCCCCUUGUUGAAACGGGUUCCAAAUAUCACUACCAAGGUGCAGCAGCUGUUAUAGCAAAGAUACCUAACUUUGAACGUGAGAUUCAGAAACUGCUUGAAGAUCAAAACCUUCUGAAGAACAUCCCCUCCAAAUGUGAGAAAACACACCAAAAUAAAGAGAUCAUAUCUUUGGAGGAGCUGAAGAACGUUAAUCAAGUUCUGGCAGAAUUGGGACAUUCGAGUUACCUGCUUGAAAGAGAUCCUGUUGUGGGCAUGUUAGGAAGGUAUGUACUUAGCAAAAGUGACCAUAUGGUCAACAAUAUUAAUAAUAACAAUAACUGUCCAGCACCUCUGCCCCCUCAGCAAGUGGGUUUGGCUGCCAUUCAGGAACUUGCAAGGCGCCAGCAAGAUGAACUGAACAACAUCGUAGUUGCAGCUGAUAGGAAUCAAACAGGCUUUUGCUUCAACCCAAUGCUAGAGAAUAAGAUUGGUUUCAGCCAACUUUCACUGAACAGGGGAAGAAAUGGAACGCUGUCAACAGCAACAGUGGAACACAGUGGGGAUAAACAAGAAGUCAGAGCUUUCAAAGUGCGGAGAAAAACGCCGGCCAUCGUUCCCCUGGACACCAUAUGUAGUGGUGGAAAUGUUCUGCCUCAUGCAAAUUCUCCUCCCCUGUCUGCAACAACUGAGACUAUGGGAAGUUGCCAAGGGGUACAGCGCUUUCCAAGUUUCAGAAGCACCGGGAAGGAAACGAGUGAAUGUGAGACCCUGGAAAGUGAGACCAUUGGUGAUGAUGAUGAUGAUGAUGAUGUGAAGAAGGAGAAUGCUGAAAUUGAAAGCUUUGAACGUGAAGAGAAGAGGAUAGUCGAGGAAGUGGAAAGACAGUCUGGUGAUGAAGAACUAGAGGCAGAGGUAAAGCGAAUUCUUGAGGAAACAGCCAGAAAACAGCUACAACAGGAACAUCUAGAUCAACAACAACAGCAGCAAGAAAAUGUGUUCGGUGGUGAGACAAGCCAGUCAGAAUGGAGCGAAGAGGAUGAUGACGAUGACGACGAAGGUGCUGCAUCCGAACCUCUUCUUGCUGACCGUGAGUCUACUGGAUACACGACUGAUGAUCCUGCACUAGAGAAUAUAUCCAUGUUGAAUGAGACAGGACUCACAGAUGCUGAGGGUGCUCUGAGUGAUGUGAAUUCGGUGUUCAACGACGCAGGUCAUGAGGGGGAUAUGGAUGAUAACACCAGCAUGUCUUCUCGUGCGUCAUCAAGAAUAUUUGAUUCAGAUGCAAUGAUGAGUUUAGAUUCACUUAGUGCCCUCUAUGACUCUGAAUAUGACAAUUGUUACAGGACUGAUGAUGAUAUCAAUGUGUUACCUGACAGUGUAUCUGAUCUUGAUAGAAUUGACUAUUUUGCAGCUGUCGCUACUGAUACGGAUAUCAAUUUGGCUAAUAUACGCUCCAUGUCAGAGAGUAUUACAAGGAACUUUGGCCAGCCAAGAAGUGAGACAGACCCAGACAGUGAUGUUUAGCCACACAAAUUUGCUAAGCACGCAUGUUUUCCUUUUGUUUCUAUGAGAAGGAACAAGAAUAAACUGUUAGAUCUCUGGAAAGGUAUAACAAAUGUAAUUUGUUCAUUCAUCACUGAGAAUUUUAAAAAAUCAGGCACUGUAAUAAAGUCUGUGCAAUAACAUAAAUUAUAUAAAUCCUGUCCAAUAAGGAAUCUGGAAUGUAUAGAAGUAUGGAUGCCUGUACUGUGAAGGUACUCGGCUUUGGAAAGUUUGAAGAUUUGCUUCCAACAUCAAAAGUUUGUUAUACUAUAAACUGAUGAAAGGAUGACUCUCAGUUGUUGCUUAUGGGGAAGUAAAAAGUGUUGCAAGCAACCAAGAUACAGCAUAGUCUGUUUUGGUAUGAAACCAGCUGCAUAAUUCAGCAAUUAACUGACAAUAUGAGAAGUCAUGGACAGAUUCUUGUUGUUCCAAGAUACAAAAUUAAUCAAAAAAUAAUUUAACAGCCACUGAAGGUGUAUGAAAUUCACUUGGAUUGUCUGUAACUCAUGACUCCAAAAGUUGAAGUUGUAAUAACAUCGUAACAGUUUCCUUCCCUGGAGAAGGGAAUGCUGUACAUGUAAGUGCUUCGUACAUUUUAUGAACACUGUUAACAGCUGUAAUGCCAUGGUUUGCUACAGCAUAUCAAGACAUGGGAGAUAACUAAUAUGACUGAGAGGUAAGACUAAAACUGUUCGUAUCUUCUUUUUGACCCAUUUGUGAUGUUAGACACAGAGAAAAAUUAAUGUAUGUCUAUAAAUAGGACAUUAAGAUUUAAACCUUGCUCCUUGAAUGUCCUUCAUAAAACCGAGUUUGCUAGUAAAAGAAAUAUAACUUAAGUGCAAAGUUUUUCAACAAUUCUGUAAGUGUUGGUCAGGGUUUUUUUUUUUUUUUUUUUUUUGUGAUCUUUAUGGGAAUAUUUGAGAAUGUUAAUGAAUCCGAUCAGAUUAUCUGCAGUUGCUAAACUGCUCAAUUUCAUGUAAUUUACUUUCUCCUGCAAUUUUUAAAGCAAAAUAACUUUGAAAAUUAAACAAGAAUAUGUCCGUAACAUGGAUGUAUGUCUCAUGAAUUGAUUCUUUUUAGUGGCUCGAAUUUAAUUUUUUGUCCUUGAUGUUUAACCCGCGUUUGGUUGUGGUUUUUGAAGUGCUGAGGAUAUUAGAAUUUAUGCAGUAAAACUGAUGUAUAUGGCAGGACAUUAUAAAUGGGUUUUAUGUGAAUCUUGAUUAGGUACACAACACUUAUGUUGCCCUUGAACUCAAGCAGCUCAAAGUAGUUUUCUCACAAAUUAUUUUAGCAUGGUAGAUGUAGUAACGGGUACCUUUUAUUGUUGGGGAAUUUAGGGGAGUGGAGAAACCCUAACAGUUUUUAUCAGAGAUAGGAUUGGGUAUCAGAUAUGCAGUGUUUCAUAUUAGCAAAGACAAUAAAGCAGAAAAUGAUAUAAAACUUGUUUUGCAAAAUGUGUGUUAAAAUAGAAAAUAUGCGUGGUAAGAAACAGUAAGAUUACAGUCUAUAUAGGAUAUUAACCAUUUGAAGUUGAAGCCCAUCUAAAUAAUAUUUAAAAAUUCAAUAUGUUUCUCAAAGAAAACACAACAGUUCUUGAUUUCAAAUAUAAUUGGUAAUGCUGUUUAAGGAAACAAUUUCAGUUUACUUUAGAAUCAUAUGAACAAACUGCAGAGUUAUUGAUUAUUAAAGCAGGUGAUAUGUGUAGUCACUACUGCGCUUUAAAGUGUUAAUGAUUGCCUUAAAUUAUUUCAGUAUGUUCAAAUUGUAGAAACAGAUCUAGAUGUGCAGCUAAGCAAAAUAAAUGUGUCUGUGAUGCUGAGAAGCAGCUGAUGUGACCGAAUAUGUCUCGAGUGUCACCUUGACCGAUCAGAAUGUGUUUGGUACUCAUGAAUAUCACGCAUGGAGACUGGAUGUCUCAUGAGGUGUUAAUCUGUUCUGUUCAAGGAUAACACAGUGAAAAUUUGGUGAUGGUGUUUAAGUAAGUCUUGAACCAUCGAGAAUACACAAUUUAUUGAAUUUUAUAUAUGGCACAUUAAGAAGAACAGAAUUUACGUGAACCUUUGUUGACUUUUCCCAAUGAAAGUAACGGGGUAAUAGAAUAGGACAACUGGGUAGUGGAAUAUGUGCAUCAUUGAAGGUCUGUGUAAAUACGGCUGUAAGUGGGUUUCUUUAGAAUACAGAACCAAAGACUGUGCAGUAAAUUUCUAAGGAUUGUUAACUUAAUUGUAACUUGAUAAAGUACAUGCCAAAUAAUAAUAAUUAUAGAUAUUAAUAAUACUUUAUUUCUAACCCCUUUGAGGUGAUAGCUAUAAGUAAAACCACAAAGGUUGCGAACUCAUUUGAAGGAUUUCACCAAUCUGAUGUUAACACUUUGAGGUGUUUUACUUUGCAUUCCAGUGCAAUAAUCUGGAUGUGUUUCUAAGAAAACAGACUGUGCUGCAGCAAUAUAAUUCAAUGAUACUCUAUUACAGUGGUAAUAAUAAUCUGUGCAAGAGACUCAGAACAAGGAGGGAGGGGUGAAAUUUUAAAACACAAUCUAAAAUGGAGUUAAUAUUUUCCCCUUCUUUACUUGUUAGAAGACAAAUUGUUUGUGUAACUAUUUUUAUUCUCUCAGAAAAUGUAUUUAUCACUUUUUACUAAAUUGUAAUGAAACUGGACAUGUCCACAAUAGUGUGUUUACAAUAGCUGAAAUGAAGCCAUUUCAGUGUUCGCUUUGGGUAUGACAGUGAUUUUUUUUUCUUUUCUGAAAUGGCUGUAUCUUUGAAAGGCAAAUGGUGUCAAAGUCAGGUUUUCAAAUCAUUUUGUAACAUCUCAGCCUUUUCUUAGUUUGCUUGCUUCUGUGCUUUGAUAUUGAAAUUCAGAAACUCUAGUCCCCUUCAUUAAAAUGGUCAUAUUAUAAUCUGUGAGAAUGUGAUACUGUCUACUUUACCUCCGUGUCCUCUUAUCUGCCUUCGUGGUGUUAUACUUUUUGGAUGACUGAAAUUAAUUUAAUUUAGAGAAUGAGGCAUAUUGAUGCUGGUGUAUUGUUCUCAGUCUUUAUUAUUAAAAUUUCUUGCCUGGUUGCUGUUCUCAAGAUGUAUUAAAUUUGAGCUCGGUGUGUUUUAUCUCAUAUUGUUAAUUCUUCAUUCAGCACCAAAAUUAUUCUGUGUCAGUACCAAACAAAAUUAACCUUUUUAUAUGUUCCUUGAUUUUAUAUUAAUUCAAUAUAAAAUACUGUAGAAAUUAGUGAUUUCACUGGAUCAGUAUUCAGUAAAGGGUCUCGAAUUACAUGAUAUUCACCCCUGCUUUAAAAGAUUAAUAAUUUUCUAAUAUUUAGGAGUUAAAUAAACGUUGAAGUUCAUAUAAUCCUGUAUUGUGGUUUAAAAUAUUUAUUUACUAGAACAAGGAUCUGUGAUGAUGUGAAUGUUUUCAGCAAGGCCAUGUUAGCAUAUGAAGAUACUGAAAAGUAAUUGUAGUUACAGUGCCAUAUUGAUUAUCAGGGCUUGAAUUUUUUUUUUAAUCUGGUAACUAGGUGAGAAAGGCGAAGUAGGAAGGUAGGUGCCAUUCAGAAUUUUUUGUUUGUCACCGGCAACUGGGUGACUACAAUUUUCAAGCCCUGUUGGUUAUUAUCAUGUAUAGAAAUUUGAAGCUAGUAUAUUUACAUAUGCUCAAAGUAAUAGCAGAGAAAGGUAAUUCCUUAUUGCCAAUGUAUAAAAUUCAAUUCUUACAUUAAGUUUUCAUCUCUCAUGUUUUAUCUUUUUUUUUUAUCCCUGCGGCAAAGUGAAUAUAAUUCACUUGAUAAAUCAACGAAGAAUUGGUUAAGUGUUUUUCACUGAGGCAUGGAAGUUUGCUAUUAAUAUUUUCUGCUGUCAGUCUCAUUGCAAAGUAGAGAACCAAUACAUCCAGCAUUUCUCAGUAUUAUAUAUGAGUGUUUUCUGAUAGUGUUUGUGUGUAGGCAAUUACUGAUAUGGUUAACACAGGGUACUGGACAAACUAAUGGACAUUCUGCAUGCUUUACUUAGUGUGGUACUCAUAUUACAGUAGAUGUUGAAAGGGAAAUUUUCCAGCAUCUGAACACAUUUCACACCAGUGUAACACAUUUUAUUGAGGGCAUCAUGGCAGAUGGGGGUCUGCAGUGGCAGCGUGGUCUGAGGCAUGGGCAUUGUGCCUCUUGGUCGCUGGGACUGUGGGUUCGAAUCCCACUCAAGCCAUGGAUGUUUGUCCGCGCUUUUCUGUGUACAGGUAGAGGCCUUGCGACGGGCCGAUCCCUCGUCCAAGGAGUCUUACCGAAUGUCUAUAGAUCGAGCCAACGAAAAGUUGGGACCCGCAGUGCUCGGGCACUUGAAGAACGGGUUGAUCCCAGUAUCAUGGCAGAUGAGUGUUAACAAAAUGGCUGAUUUACAGGACACUAAGUUCUUAAACUUGUUUGGUUUGACAGGUGUGCGGUGAAUAACAUAGCAUUUUACAGACGGCUGUCUUCUGAGUUGUUGCACUGUGAAGUCCGGUAGAAGUUAACUGACAUUUCAGAUGUGCUUGCUGCCUCCAUUAUUAGGGUGAUUACCCUGAUACGGAGGCAGCAAUCAUCUCUGAAAUGUCAGUUAACUUCUACUGGGCUACACAGUCCAACAUCGCAGAAGACAGCCAUCUGCAUACUCACUCGUGUGAGAUCCCAAAAUAUCGUAACACCAUUUUGCUGCAAACACAGAUUUUAUGCAGGCGUAAAAUCUUAUGAUGAGCAUUCAUUGUGUUGUUGCGACUUUGCUGUAUUAAUUUAAGGAAAAAUAAUUGUAAUUUUAAGUCACGGAGUCAUUAAGGAUUGCAAUCUUCCAUUGCUGUGAUUAUAUUAAAAGCAAACUUCAUUUCAGAAUCUUCUGACUUAAUGCCAUCUAAUUGCACGGCAGUGAUCAGCAUCUCACUUGAUGUUUUAUUAAAUGAACAUGAGACUAAAGAUAUUAAAUAAGCUUACAUAAAAAUAGUACCAUUAUUAACAUUAAAACAAAACUCUGUGGAUUUGUGGACCUGACUUCCACCUUACAGUGAGAUCCAUGUUGGCGAACCAUCAGCUAAGUGUGCAUGAGACGAAAUGCAAGUCUGUAUCCUUCUUGCUGAUGUGAACAACUCCUUUUUUUUAGUGUUGUAUAAUGUAAUCUAUGUGAAUUGUGACUGUACACUAUUUUCUUUAACUGUUGUAUCUAUUAAUUUAUUACAAUGCAUUAUGUUAUCUUCUUUAUAUAAAAUAUAAAGUGAUAGUAUUUAAAGAUAAA